CUCUAGUGGUAGGGUUCAAAGACAAUCAGUGCGCAGAGAGGGCUUGUAGCACCUUCCGGAAGAAAGAAGUUGGCAGCAUUAUUGCUGUUGUUAUUAUUCAAAGGGUUCUUCAAAGGGGCAUUUUGCGUUUGCCAUCGAGGGUGAGAAAGUGUGACAUGCCCAAGGUCACCCAGUGGGCUUUCAUGGCUGAGCUGGAAUUCAAACCCUGAUCUCCAGUGUUCAAAGCACUAUACCAGGCUGGCUCUCGAAACACACACAUUUUUGAACUCUUGAAAAGAUAUUUAGAGCAGAUAAGGAACAUGAUCAAAUUUUUUCUGAUGGUAAACAAACAAGGCCAAACAAGGCUCUCCCGUUAUUAUGAAUACAUGGACCUUCAUAAACGGACAACACUGGAAACUGAAGUAAUCAAGCGCUGCCUUUCCCGUUCAAAGGAGCAAUGUUCCUUCAUUGAGUACAAAGAUUUUAAACUGGUAUAUAGGCAAUAUGCUGCUCUUUUCAUAGUGGUUGGAAUUAAUGAGACUGAGAAUGAAAUGGCUGUAUAUGAACUGAUUCAUAAUUUUAUAGAAGUUUUGGACAAGUAUUUCAGCAGAGUGAGCGAAUUAGAUAUCAUGUUCAAAUUAGACAGAGUACACAUAAUUUUGGAUGAAAUGGUACUGAAUGGUUGCAUUGUUGAAACUAAUAAGACCAGAAUUCUCGCACCUCUUCUUGUUCUUGACAAAAUGGCUGAAAGCUAGCAAGAUUAUACCAGUGAAGAAUACCACAUUCUUCAGACACAAAGAAUGAACUCCCCAGGACUCCAGUAAUUUAUGUCCACAUUGUGGAUUAACUGGAUUGAUUCUAUUUAGGCUAAAUGAUUAUUGAAGCAAGUGCCUACCCUGUGAUCUCUCCCUGUGAAAAUAAGUAGUGUUUUAAUAUAACGAAAUGUCUAUCUUGUAUAUUUUGUGCUAUGUGUAAUCCAGUUAAGAAAUAAAUCCUUACACAUGUA